AUGCGUCCCCCAGUAAGAAGCUCCCGAAAAUUCUGCGGAUUUUUCCUUUGCCUCCUGUACGCUACCCUAGCAUUCGCAGUCACCUCCUUUCUUAAUGGAAUCCUACGACCCUCUUACGUGAGCCCACCCAAGUAUCACCGACAACUCGCAAGUCAGAUCCAGGAGUCCUUGAAGAGCAGUCGUGGUAAUAAACACGGUAAAAAUGUCUUCAUUGCCGCGAACAUCGUCAACGAAGACCUCAUCCGUGGAUCUCGGGGCGAGAACCUCCUUCAGCUCGUCGGCAUCGUCGGACCAGAGAAUGUCUUCGUAAGCAUCUAUGAAAACGACGCUGGGGACAGGACUCGCGAUGCACUGAUGGAUCUCCGGGAUAAGCUGCCUUGCAACACCUCCAUCGUUGCCAGUGACCACAUGAACCUGAACUCUUUUCCUACUGUCACCAUCCCCGCCACCGGCGAAGCACGAACGAAGCGGCUUCUAUACCUCGCCGAAGUCCGCAACCGCGCUAUCCUCCCUCUUCAAAGCGGUCCCUCAAUCACCACCUGGGCUGCUUCUCACCCUAUUUUCAACAGCGCAGCCAGCACCCGCUUCGACCGUGUUCUCUUCCUUAACGACAUCUUCAAACCCGUCGACGCUGUCCAACUCCUCUUCUCUACAAACGAGGGGAAGUACGAUGCAGCUUUCGCGAUUGACUUUGUGGCGGGGAUCACGUUAUAUGACACAUUUGUGAUACAGGAUACGGAGGGCUUCACUAGCCGCAACGACGUCCUCUCCCAAACAGACGCUGUUCGUGUCCGCAGCUGCUGGAGUGGCAUGGCAGCCUUCGACACUACAGUCUUCCAGCCGAUACCACCUCCCACUAUCUCUCCAGCGUCUCAAACAUCCGGGCAGUACAAGCAAGACCCUGUGUCAGGUGAUACGAAAAUUUCCUCCCUCUCCCUACCCGGCCUCACAUUCCACUCCAUCACAGAACCUUUCUUUGAAGAAAGCGAAUGCUGCCUUCUCUCCGCAGACCUUGAAAUCCGGCGAGCCGCAAUCUAUAACACCCUUUUCCCCUCGUCAUCUCCUCAAUCCGACGCCCGGCCACUUUCCACAGGCGUGUUCAUCAAACCUUACAUCCGCGUUGCUUACUCCUCCGCCACCUGGGCCUGGCUCCCUACUACACGCCGCUACGAGCGUGCUUUUCAAUUCCUACAAUACUUGAUCUCCAAAAUCUUAAUGCCAGAAUACAACUACCGUCGCACACACGCAGCCGGCACAAUGGUUGGAGAAUGUAUCUGGGUGCCUGCGAGCCUUGGUGCGGAGGAAAGGCGCGGGCUAUUGAGGAGAUGGCGGGGAUCUAAUUGGAUGAGGGGCACUUUGGAGGUGCAGAGAAGGGUCGCAGACGUGGGCGGCUGGUGCAGGCGGAAAAGAAUGUUUGUAAUGAAGGGGGACUUGAGUGAGGCGAAUCAGGAUGGGUGGGGGAAGAAUUGGGAGGAGGUUGAGCCGCCGGGGAGAAAGGGGUGAGGGGCAGUAGAGGUGAAGAAAAUGGCUCAACGAGCGUUUGUUUUGUUGGUGAUGGUUGAUCUUUUUUUCUCCUUCGGUUGUAGAAGUUUGGUGGGAUGGGCCUGGCUUUAUCUGCGUGCAGAUAGUUAACGGGAACGAGAGUGUGGUUACAGCACCAAGAACAUGAGUUUGGGCACUCCUUGCCACUGCUUGGCGUACCCCGACAGACUUUUAAAACUGUCAAUACGACGUAAAGGCCAGCGUAGUGGAGAUUAGACUGCCUUUUGACGAAGCUCACAGCUGCUAGCUAGGGUACUCCUCACAGUGGUGUCGAUCAAGCAAGAAUGGAGCCG